AUGAAAGACAUGAACAGCACGGGGUCGAUUACAGGUACGGAGCCGGUGGUCGACAUCUUUGCGGAUGGCGAUGUGAUUCUGGUGGUUGGGCCACAGGCUGUGCAACUGAGAGUGCACUCCUUGUUUCUGCAAUCUGUCUCGAAGGUGUUUCAGGUCAUGUUUGGACAGAGAUGGAGCGAAGGGCGCGACCUGUCCAAGGAUCAUCCAAAAAGUGUCGUUCUGGAAGAGGACAAUGCGGAGGCGAUGCAGACUAUAUGCUGCGUUAUCCACCAUCGCAGCAAUAUGCUGCCGACUGAAAUCCCACCAGAGAAGGUCCUUGAAAUAGGCAUUGUUUCCGGCAAGUACGAUCUCGCUUCUGCGUUGAAAUACGUAAUAGCGCAGUGGCUGCAUCCCUCUGGCACCCAUAGCAUACUCGACAGUGGCUAUCUGGCGGCGUCAGCCUUCUUAUUUGACGACGCCGGCAGAUUUCAACAGCUCACACUAACUCUCAUCCUGGAUUACGCGACUACUUAUCGGACGUUGUUGGAAAACAAGAGAGUUCGAGACUUUUUGCCGUGGCAAGCAGUGUGUGAGCAGCAGAACGACUGGCUUUGCCGAUAUAGAGGACGAGACUAA